GUUCAAGCCUUUGGAGCUCACAAGGGGCCAGGGCUUGCUCCUGCAAUUGUAAACAACCUCAGUGGCUCUAAUUAAGCUGCUGGUGGUGUGCAACCUGCAGUGCUGGACAGAGGUGUUCUUUAGGUACCGAGAAGCUUCAUGCUACCAAUAUGGGGCAUAAAGUGAUUGUAUUUGACAUUUCUGUCAUAAGAGGAUUGUGGGAAACACGUGUCAGGAAGCAUCAAGAACGGCAGAAGAAGGAAGCCGAAAGAUUAGAGCAAAGUGCUUUGGAAAAGAUAAAAGAAGAAUGGAAUUUUGUUCAAGAGUGCAGGAACAAAGGCAUUCCCCAAUCUGUAUACUGCAAGAAUGGUUUUGUGGACACCAAUGCGAGGCUUUUGGAGAGGAUAGAAAAGAACUCAUCACUGACAAAGGCAUCACUUUCCAAGGACAGAGGAAAAAGAAAAAAUAAAUUCAUUUUUGAACUUUCAGGGACAGAGUGGAAGGAACUCCCAGAUUUCCUCCGGGAACAGACCCAUCUGAAAGAAUGGCACAUCGAAAAUACCCUGAUUCAGACUAUUCCUACUUAUAUUCAGCUCUUUCAGGCGAUGAGAAUUCUGGAUUUGCCAAAAAACCAGAUCACACAUCUUCCCGCUGAAAUUGGUUAUUUGAAGAGCCUGAAAGAACUCAAUGUGAGAUUCAACCAUCUGAAGAGUGUUCCUCCAGAAUUAGGAGACUGUGAAAAUUUGGAGAAACUGGAUUUGUCUGGAAAUCUAGAAUUAACAGAGCUCCCAUUUGAACUAAGUAAUUUGAAACAAGUUACAUUUAUAGAUGUGUCAGCAAAUAAAUUGUCCAGUAUUCCCAUAUGUGUUCUCCGGAUGUCAAAUUUACAGUGGUUGGACAUUAGCAGCAAUCACCUAAAUGAUCUUCCACAAGAUAUAGACAGGCUGGAAGAACUUCAGACCUUCCUCUUACAUAAAAACAAACUGACCUACCUUCCUAAGGCUUUGCUCAACUUAACAAAGCUCACCUUGUUAGUAGUCAGUGGGGAAGAUUUGGUGGAGAUUCCAACAGCUAUUUGUGAAUCAAGCACUUUAAAAUUUGUAAGCCUCAUGGAUAACCCAAUUGGCAAAACCAACUAUCAAGACAGUGAAGAAAUGACAGGAAGUGAGCAAGAUCGUCAGCAUUUUGAAAAGGAGUUUAUGAAAGCAUACAUCGAAGAUCUAAAAGAAAGAGAAUCUGUUCCUAGCUAUACCACAAAGUUAUCAUUUAAUCUUCAACUUUGAUAUCAUCCUGCUGGAAGACAGAAAAAUCCCUUGGUGGUUAUGAGUGGAAAGCUUUGGUGUUCUGAACUAACUCAACUGUCUUUUAAGUACAACAGACUCAUUUCUUUUUUCAUGCAUAAGAGCAAUGGCAUGUGCUUUAGAACGAAACUUAAGAAACUAAUAGUUUAAAAGUCAUUAUUUAAUGUUUUAGAAAAUAUGUGAUUUUUAAAGUUGCAUUUUUACAGACCAAAUUCAUAAGCUGACAGUAUUGUUUUAAAAAAUAUAGGAGUAAGUUAUAUUGUAUAAAGUGUUCAUAUUAGACCAUUUUGCUCUUUUAAACAUGAUUUGUAAAGUUUUAUUUUUUUAGAAUUAUUUUCCUUGGUUUAUACAAACUGUUCUUUCCGUGGAUUUUAAAUGAUACUGUAGGAAAUGGAGGCUUCCACAUCUGUAUCACAUAGCCAAUUCAAUAAAUAUUUAUUACAUGCUGACUAUGUUCUAAGCAUUGUGCUAUGUGCUGGGUAUCUAAUUAAUAAAAAGAAAGACAAUCUUGGUCUUCAAGAAGAUUAUAACCUAAUGCAGGAGGGCAGAUAACAAAAAAGGAAUCAGAAAUGAGGGUGAGAUGAAGUAGGGACUAGGGGUUACCUAGGUAUGGGAAAAUAUUGUUCUAUGGAGUUAAAACCAGGUAGAGCAGCAGAUGCAGAGUGCAGUGUGGCAAUUCAAAAUUUGAGAGACAUGUUAUCUGGGUAAUUUAAUCAUUUUACUAAUAUGGCCAGCAGGUUAUUAAUAAAAUGAGGUCUAUGGGCAUCUCUCUCAGACCUAAGACCUCUUCCUCAUGGUCAUGUCUGAUUCAUAUACUUUUUCCCCUGUAGGAGAUACAUCACCCAGCUAUCAAAUCUAAUUGGUUAGCAUAAUUUGGAGGUAGGUUAUAUUAAAAUGAAGUUGGGAGGAGCAGUUAGGUGGUGCAGUGGAUAAAGCACCAGCCCUGGAUUCAGGAGUACCUGAGUUCAAAUCCGGCCUCAGAUACUUGAUACUCACUAGCUGUGUGACCCUGGGCAAGUCACUUAACCCCAAUUGCCUCACCAAAAAAAAAAAAUGAAGUUGGGGGAUAUGUGACUCAAGUAAAGAAUACAUAAGGAAGAAAUGUAGAGACACCCACCCAAGCUGACACAAUAGUUCCCAAUUGGAACUGGUUCAUACAGGCCAAAUCUCAUCUGUAAAGUCCUUCAGUUUAUCUAGACAAAAGAAUCUUUUUGUGAGCUUCAGGUUGGGGUGGAUUUGACCUAGAUGAGAUUUGAUAGAGUCUCUCAAAGAGAGUUUGUCUUUGGGCAGAGGGAAGAGAGAACUAAAAAGGGGAGAUCUCUGGGUCCCCCAAGAUAAUUGAUUAUUAAUAAUUAUUUCUCAGAGGAGUGAACUUCUGCCCUCUAUAAAGAAAGGCAUUGGGAGGAUAAGUGUAUUAUAUAAACUACACAUGGGACUGCUUAGAGUAUUGAAAAAGGGUAUUUGAAAGAGUUUUCAAAGGGCUAGGGUUGGAGGAGGUUGGUUAAUGCCUAUGAGAAUCAGCUGCUUUUCAGGCUUAUUCCUCUUUUUCCUUUCUUAUUCUAAUUUCAUAAACUCAUGAAGCAGUCCUUCAGUUCUGCAGUUUAAAUUCUUGUGACCAAACACUGAAUUAUGGAGAAGUGAUAGUAUUGUUGAAACUUCUUCUGACAAUAACAACAGCAACAACUGACCUUUAUAUAGAACAUUAGAUACGUUAUUUCAUUUUUGCCAUUUAAUUACAUUGUGCAGUAGGUAUUCCAGAUAUUUGCACUUUACGGAAGAGGAAAUCAAGCCUCAAGGAAGUGAACUGACUUGGCAGUGUUCACACAACUAGUAAGAGUCAGAGGUAGAAUUUGAACUCUAAUGUCUUUGCACAGUAGUAUUAACUCUUUUCUUAUUAUGCCCCACUGUCUGAAGUAAAUCUAUUUCUGUUCACUGUAAGCCAAUUUCUUCUCAUUACAACAAAUAGAAGAAGAUUUUACAUGGUCAAAGGUGGAAUAUAAAUAGAUACAAUCAUGGAAACCAUUCUAAUAUAGGGUGUUUAAUAGUUUACUGUUACAAUUAAAGAAAUUUCUUGCAAAUAGAUUAAAAUAUUAAGGAAAAGUGAAAUAAUAUUACUAUAACAUUAAAUGAAUAUUUUAAAAAUUAUUUUUGAACCAAAUUUAAUGUCUUUAAUUGUGUAAUAUUAAUGAUUUUAGAAGUUGUUUAUUGACCCUGUAAGGUAAAUUUUAUAAAGAACAAUAUAAAAAUGCUUCUUUACUCAGUAGAAAAUGUGAAUUUGCAUAUGAAUCAAAUCUGCAUAAUUUACUUGUAAUUUUGUUUCAAUAAAGUUAGUGUUUUAUGCAAAAAAAGUAUGCCUCAUACAUGAAUGAAUGUCAAAAAAGUUUUAAUAAACUAUAAGUAUUUUGAUGUUAAUCUAUGCCAAAGAUUAAAAAUAUAAUUUGAAUAUAUGUUUAUAGAUACUAUUUAAUUGAUAUGUUAAUAUAAAUAUAAACAAAAUUGUUCAAAAAGGGAUGUAAACAUCAAUGAAAGUAACUAGUAGAUUUUAAUACAGUGCGAUAAUACUGUUUGUUCUGAGGAAGUUAAAAAUGUAAAUGAUGCAUUGCAAGCUAGUAAAUGAUUUGGAAAAGAAAUUUACAUAGAAGAAUGUAAAUGGGACCAUUAAUGCAACUUAACUCAAUGAGGAAAAAAAGAAUUCUUUGUAAGAAAAGUUCCUAUCUUUAGGAAGGUUAUUAUUACCAUGUCUCAAAUGAAGAAAAUU